AUGGGCAAGCGUACCCGCUGGGACUCCGACUCGACUUCGGAAGACGAGCAGCCCUCGCGCCACCGCCUCUCCCAGCGCUCACUCCUCCGUGCGCCUCCCGUCGUCCCCGCAACGGCCGCGUCACCUGCUGCUGCCUCUGUCCCAGACGUGCAGCCAGCUCGUUCACUAACCCCAUUGAGCCACAAUUUCUAUCUCUUUGGCUGUCGCAGUGUCGAUUCCUAUGCGCGUAUUGGAAAGAUCGACGAGGGAACGUACGGCGUCGUGUCAAAGGCGCGCGACGCCGAAACGGGCGACGUCGUGGCACUGAAACAAGUGAAAAUGAGCGCGGACGCCAGUCAGGAAGGCUUCCCCAUCACGGCCUUGCGGGAGGCGAACGUGCUGCUGGCGCUGGACCAUCCAAACAUCGUCCAAGUGCGGGAAAUGGUCGUUGGCUCGACGCCGGACAAGAUCUAUAUGGUCAUGGACUAUGCCGAGAACGACCUCAAGCACGUGAUGCAGACCAAGAUGAAGGCGCCGUGGCUGCAGUCCGAAGUCAAGUACCUGUUGCAGCAGCUCUUGAGUGCUAUGGCUUAUAUGCACGAUCGCUGGUACAUCCAUCGCGAUCUCAAGACGAGCAACUUGCUGUACGACGCGCGGGGCGUGCUCAAGGUCUGUGACUUUGGACUUGCGCGCAAAUACGGGUCGCCACUGCGGACGUACACGCAACUUGUCGUGACAUUGUGGUAUCGUGCACCUGAACUGCUUCUUGGUGCUAAGAAGUACUCGACGGCAGUGGAUAUGUGGUCCAUCGGGUGCAUUUUCGCCGAGAUGUUGCUGAUGAAGCCGCUGUUUACUGGACGCGGAGAACUGGACCAGACGGAUCAGAUCUUCAAGUUGCUAGGCGCACCGAACGAGCAGAAUUGGCCGGGAGUUGACCAAGAUGUGCCUGAUGCAAACGUCAGUGUACGUGGAAAGUGGCCGAAACAUUCUCGACUGCGUGAGAAGUUCCCGCUUGCUGCAACGAUCUCGGGAAGUGGAUGCUCGCUGUCGAAAGCAGGGUUCGACCUGCUCAGCCGCAUGCUAGCUCUUAGUCCACGUGAGCGAAUUUCAGCCAAAGAUGCACUGGCACAUGAAUACUUUCAAGAGUCCCCUCCACCGAAGCAACAGGAACUGAUGCCGACGUUUCCGGCAUAG